AUGGAGUCGCUUCGCCACCUACUCAAGAACAAGGUGGGCUUCGUGGCCUCGCCCGAGCACGAUGGCAACCCCCCCACGGACGAGCAGCUGGCGUCCUUCCUGAGGAACCUCACCACGGAGACUGGGCUCGCCCUCCGUGGAACUCCGCCGGGGGUCCGAGAGGUGGUGAGGGAGAAGUUUGCCGAGGCCGGGUGGGACGUUCGCAGCAACACGGCUACGAGGGACGAGCCCCCCACCGUCGACGAGCUGCAAGCCUUCUUGGAGGGGACCAUCGAAGCUCUUGAGACGUUCGACCCUCCUGUUGAACCGACCGAAGAAGAGUUGGAGGACCCCGCACUGGCAUGCCAGCGUCUGUGGGAUCUGGACACGAACCGCCUGACACCGGAGGUGAGGACGAGUAUUCGAUCAGCCUGCAGAGCGGGAAGAAGCCUUACCAAGAGGGGGACCACGCCAGCGACCCCCUCUUCACCUACGUCAAGGACUGCGUCUUUCGAGAAGCCCACCUACUCGGCCUUCCUCAAGCUCUUGGACAACUACACGGCGGCGGUCGGCACCGGGGAGGUGGUAACCGGCGAGGAACGGCAGGAAACCGUCGACUUCAUCGAGGCGAUCAUGGCCACGCCCUGCAUGCGCUACGCCCACGCCUACCUGGUCUCCAAGGGGCAGGCGCCGGAGUCUGAGACCGAUUUCAAGAACCUUCUGCACCAGACGUGGUUCGCCAUGUACAGCAGGAGCCGUGGUUCCGAUGACAGCUCGGGGUUCGAGCACGUGUUCGUGGGAGAGAGCAAGCGUGGCGAGAUUACGGGUCUUCACAACUGGAUCCAGGUCUACUCGGAGGAAAAGAGUGGCCGCCUGGACUACAUGGGCUACAUCUUCCCCCGGAAACGCGGCUACGAGGACACCCCGGCCGAGACGGAGCAGCUGGUCACGGUACAGUUCGAGUGGAACGGUGAGCUGAAGGAGAUCAGCUCUUCAUUCGUCGGUGUGUCGCCGGAGUUUGAGAUUGCUCUCUACACGCUGCUCUUCUUGCUCGACCAGGAGAAGACGAUUGUGGAUUGCGGCCCGUACAGGGUGCAGGUGACGACGUACAUCUUCCGUGAGGACGGGAAGAACUACAUCGGAUCGGCAUUCCCUGGCGAGGCUUAGAACGACAACCAAGUUCACCACCAUGUCAUGGAAGAUUUUUUUGAUAAGAUCGCCCUGCGCUAAAAAUGGAGGAAAUAUUUUUAGAGGCGAACAACGUUUUUUUUUUUUUUGUUGACACCUUGCUGAACGUCGGGCUUCCCGUGUGGCGAGUUACUGUUUGUCUUCAUGGAAGAUUUUUGUCGAGAUCCCUGCGCGCUAAAAACGGAGAAGUAACUCGUUUCUUUAAGAGGCGCUAAUGGUUUGAUUUUAUGUUGAGACUUUGCUGAGCGCUCCCGUUUGUUGACGACUUGCUGAACGUCGGGCUUUCCGUGUGGCGAUUUUUUUUUGUCUUCAUGGAAGAUUUUGUCGAGAUCCCUGUGCGCUAAAAACGGAGAACUCGUUAUUAAGAGGCGCUAGUUGUUUGAUUUUUUGUUGAGACCCUGCUGAGCGCUCCCGUCUGGAGAGAUUUUUGUUUUUUUCCCUUGCGCGCGCUGUAGGCUAGAACAACACGUUUGAUGCCUUGCUGAAUGUCUACAACUUGUACCUCUGC